CCCGGGCUGCCGUCGCCCGCACCAUGUCCGCGGCCGCCUACAUGGACUUCGUGGCUGCCCAGUGUCUGGUUUCCAUCUCCAACCGCGCCGCCGUGCCGGAGCACGGGGGCGCUCCGGACGCCGAGCGGCUGCGACUACCUGAGCGCGAGGUGACCAAGGAACACGGUGACCCGGGGGACACCUGGAAGGAUUAUUGCACACUGGUCACCAUCGCCAAGAGCUUGUUGGACCUGAACAAAUACCGACCCAUCCAGACCCCCUCGGUGUGCAGCGACAGUCUGGAGAGUCCCGAUGAGGAUAUAGGAUCCGACAGCGACGUGACCACCGAAUCUGGGUCGAGUCCUUCCCACAGCCCGGAGGAGAGACAGGAUUCUGGCAGCGCGCCCAGCCCGCUCUCCCUCCUCCACUCUGGAGUGGCUUCGAAGGGGAAACACGCCUCCGAAAAGAGGCACAAGUGCCCCUACAGUGGCUGUGGGAAAGUCUAUGGAAAAUCCUCCCAUCUUAAAGCCCAUUACAGAGUGCAUACAGGUGAACGGCCCUUUCCCUGCACGUGGCCAGAUUGCCUUAAAAAGUUCUCGCGCUCAGAUGAGCUGACCCGCCACUACCGGACCCACACUGGUGAGAAGCAGUUCCGCUGCCCUCUGUGUGAGAAGAGAUUCAUGAGGAGUGACCACCUCACCAAGCAUGCUCGGCGUCACACCGAGUUCCACCCCAGCAUGAUCAAGAGAUCAAAAAAGGCUCUUGCCAGCCCCUUGUGAGGUGCUCCCCACGGCAGCCAGGCAGAGAUGGUCCCCGGAAGGACAGAGCUCCCAGGAAACAGACGGACACAUGGAAAUCUCCCAGAGCAGAGGCGCGCUGGCCACAGGAGAUCACUGCUCUUUGGUCAACAUUCUGAUACUCUCCCUGCACUGUUUCCAAAAAGCACAUGGUAACCUAAGAUCAAAGUCAACAUUUUGGUCCCCUUGCA